UGUCAUUUGAUGGGUGAUCUAAGUCUGAAACCCUAACUAUAAAAUGCCGAAAUACACAUCAUCGUUUAGCAGCUAGGGUUUGCUCUGAAGGCUGAGGGAUUUUGGAUUCUUGGUACACGCCGAACUUUGGUUGUAGCUCUCUCAUCUGCUCGUAGCCAUGUCUAAGAAGAAGACCAGAGAGCCCAAGGAGGAGAAUAUUACACUUGGACCUGCUGUUCAACCUGGAGAGCAUGUUUUUGGUGUCGCUCACAUUUUUGCCUCUUUUAAUGACACCUUCAUUCACGUGACUGACUUGUCUGGAAGGGAAACUAUUGUCCGCAUCACUGGUGGCAUGAAGGUUAAAGCUGACAGGGAUGAAUCAUCCCCAUAUGCAGCCAUGCUUGCGGCACAAGAUGUUGCUCAACGUUGCAAGGAACUUGGCAUCACUGCUUUACAUAUAAAGCUCCGGGCAACCGGAGGGAACAAGACCAAGACUCCUGGUCCAGGUGCUCAAUCAGCACUCAGAGCCCUUGCCCGUUCAGGCAUGAGAAUUGGUCGCAUAGAGGAUGUGACUCCAAUUCCAACUGACAGUACUCGCAGAAAGGGAGGUAGAAGGGGUAGGAGGUUGUAAUUCCGCUGUUCAAAUUCCAUCCAGCAGUGAUUUCAGUUGUUGCGUUGUUGGUUGCUUGGAUAGUUUUAGUUUUAAUGAAAGUAUUUUGAUUUCUUGUUGGAACAACAUUUGCAGUUUUGCAUUUGCUUUUGUGACUCUAUUUAAUUUGAAGCUUAUUACACAACAUUUAUGUAUCGACUAUCAGUUUUGUCUUGGUUCCAAGUUUAAUGGUUUCAUGGAAGAAUUGAUUUAUGUUUCGAAUC